UUGUAAAAUUAUGCCCAAUUCAUAAUAUUUCAAUAAGAUGAGUGCAAAAGAGGAAGGGCAAGAGUUGUUGGUGUGCAGUAUUUGCCUGGUAACCGACACCACGCUGUAUAAUAUACAGGGGUCUACGCUACUGAAAGUUUUUAGUGAUCUUAUUAACACUGAGGAGGGCGGUUUGAUCGGGCGCUGCGUGUGCAGCGUGUGCCGCGCACAGCUCGCUCGUGCGGCCUCGCUGCGGGCCCGCGCGCGCCGCGCUCAGGCCUUGCUCGCUGACGCUCUCCAGCAAACGCAAUAUAUAACCUUAGACUACAUUCGAACCAUCGACCGCGUGACCGAAAAGUUAUGCCUAAAUCUAAAGUCUUGUCUCAUCCACACUUCCGAUUCUACCCUCCCGGAUGUCAAAGAGGAAAUUAAAGAAGAAACUGAUUUUACAGAAAACAUAUUCGUUGCUGAGCCUACUUUAGAUGAUUAUGAAGAUUACAGAGAAAAUACUGAAGAAAAUAAUGAUUAUAUUGAUGAAGUAUCCAUGGAUGGAAAAGUUAAAAUUAUGCGGAAUGAAAAUAGUAAACAUAUACCAAAAUCUACUAAAGGGAAGCGGAAACUAUUGGAAUCUACCAAAACUAAACUAGAAUCUACCACGGAAACACUACCAACACUAAAAAGGGUUAUAAAAAGGCGUAUGGCAGCCAACGGAUUUUUGCCGGACUUUAAUUUUGCAGAGUUUGAGAGUAAAUAUGAUUGUAAAAUAGAUAUUUUGUCUAAAGAAGAACAGUUGAGGGAGAUAGAGGGUCGGAAGAUGAUGCCGAGCUAUACGCUCGCUGCGUUCGGGUGUGAGACGUGUGGGAAGGCCUUUGCGACGCAGCAGGUGUAUGACGGACAUAUGAAGAAGCAUGAUCCGGGUGCGGGCAAGCACGCGUGCGACGUGUGCGGCGUGCGGUUCGGCACGCGGUCGCGCGCGCACGUGCACGCCGACGCGCACCGGCUGCGGUUCACGUGCCGAGCGUGCGGGUUCGUCACGCGCACCAGGUUUAUAGCCAAGAAUCACUUCCUGUCCCACUCGGGGACCACGCACCCGUGUCCACACUGCGACGCUACUUUCUCGAAGUACACAUCGUACCUGACGCACGUGCGUCGCCGCCACCCCGCCAUGAAUGUGGCAUGCGACGAGUGCGGCGAGACCUUCGUCGGCCGCACCGGCCUGCGGCACCACAAGGCGCGCGCGCACACGCAGGUAAAACCGCGCUCGACUACCGUGCCGUGCACCGAGUGCUCGCAGACAUUCGUGGACCAGCCAUCGUGCGAUACGCACUACCAACGCGUGCACCUCAACAUCCGCCUGAAGGAGCCGCCGCGCGCACGCAGCAAAAACGCACGCGCGUUCAUCUGCGAACUCUGCGGCGCCGAGUGCUGCUCCGUGUCGAGCCUGUCGGCGCACCAGCGCGCGCACGCGCGGGCGCGGCCGCACGCGUGCCCGGCGCCCGGCUGCGCGCGCCGCUUCGCCACGCUGCACAACAUGCAGCGCCACCACCGAGUGGUGCACCUGGGCCGGCGGCCGGCGGUGUCGUGCGGCGUGUGCGGCAAGCUGCUGGCGCAUGCGGCGUCGCUCAAGCUGCACGUCAACACCGUGCACCUCAAGCUGCCCGCGCCGCGCCGCCGCGACAAGACAUUACAUACAUAACACACGUCACUUGCUCAGUACACAUACAUAACACACACCACUUGCUUAGCACACAUACAUAACACACACCA